CACCCUGACGACAGAAGUGAAAGAAGAAAAAGAAAUGGGCUAACCCGACCAACGGAUUAUUUUCCGGUUAUUUUCUUAUAUAUCGGGGCUUGAUAUACGUUAAUGUAGAGCAAAAGACAAGAAACAAAGACAAGAAGACAGAGUGUACUGCCUGAGUGCAUGUUAAGACUGUUAUGUACCAUCCACCUGGUAGCUACUAUGGGUAUGGGGCAGGCCCACCCCGACCAUUGCCCUAUGAGCCAGCACCCCCAAGCGAAACUCCAGCUAGUUCAGCUAGACAGUCGCUGCCCCCAACGGACGAGGUAGCAGCGACAGCUUUACUCAAGCAUCUGGAUAAGCAGGAGCUGCAGGGACUGCUAGAUGAUGAGUCCAAACUACAGGACCUUGUUGAUGAUCUCUCUCAGGUAAGAAAUAUCCAAAUGGAGAGGGAGACAUUGCUGGCAUUCAACAAAAGUGCAGCAGAGCACAACCUAACGUAUCAGCCUCAGCUGGAGAAGCUGAAGGGAGAGGUGGCCUCGGGUCAUGAGGAAGUCAGAAGGUUACAAGGGGUGUUAGAAGAGGACCGUGCCCAACUCUUGUUACGCAGCAAUGAUCAGAGCCUGGACAUGCUGUUAGCUUUACUACAGACAGAGUGUGCCAAGACAGAAGAAGAGUCCGAGCAACUGGCAGAGAAUUUCUGUGAUAAGAAGCUGGAGGUGGACAGGUUUGUGGAAGAGUUCAUGCAGUCUCGGACGCUGGCCCACUUACGGCGGAUCAAGUGUGACAAAAUGGCCGAGCUCAUGGUCAGCCAACCGCCCGUGCCUCCGCCACGGACUCAGCCAAGUAAAGGAUGGUUUAACAACAACAGCAGCAGCAGUAGUAGCAACGUGCCGACAUCAUUGGGGGCUCCCUACCCUGCUAACAACCUGUACAUGAUGAUGCCAGAGCCAUUUACGCGUCCAUAACUCAGCUCAGCCUAACACACCUGUACAUAUAUGUACCUGAGAAGAAAACUCUCUUCUGUGUCACUGUGAGGUGGUGUGAUUGUAGACACACCCUGUUUGUCUUUAUCCCUUUCGUUUGUGCAUUUGUGUUUAUCCUGACAGAGUCUGAGAGCCGUGCUGAAGUUAGGGUUUUCAGGAGAUCUGAAGUUGAUCAGGUCAACGUAGUGAUAGGUGGCAUCAAAAUACAUCAUGUGUGUGUACGUGUAUUACUCUGAAGGGGCUACUUCCACCCCUUUUUGCAGGGAAUGUGGGUGAAAUUUAUACAAUGUCCAAGGCUAAACCAGGUUUUGCACAAAACCUCUGUUUUUUCUCACACCUUUUCUUGUCAAUAUUUUAUGUUCUGUACAUCCAAACAUCAUUGAUGGAUAAAGCUAACACAGAAUUUAAUGAACUGGGCUGUAUUAAACAUGAUCCAAGAUCAUCAGAUGCUAAGCGUAGUGGUCAUAAAUGUGUCAUUAUUAACAUCAGUGGAAUAGAAAUAAUUUUUGGUUAUAUUACAACUUCUUUGAUGCAGCUGGCAAAAUUUUGACAAAUUCAUGUAAGUCUGAUUGUAGGUUGGAUCAAAGAAUGGUACAGUCAACUGCACCCUCUAGCAUGGCCAAUGUUGAGUUUAUGUGAAGGAGGAUAUUGGGACAUCCAUAUUUGCUCAUUCAUUCGGCAUUGUCAUGUCUUUAAUUUGCCUGUUUUAAUUGUUGGUCUGUGAAUUAGAAGAAAUCUACCUAUAUAGUUUUAUGUUAUAGACUUGACAAACUUUCUACUGAAAAAAAAAAAUUGUAAAUGGAUGUGUAUAUGUGUUACUGGCUGGUUAAUAAGGCUAGAGUUGUCUAACACC